UCAUAGGUUACUCCAUCGUCCAAUCGUAUCGCUCUAAAAGUAAAAAAAAAAACAGUAGUACACUACGCUUCUCUUCUGCGCAGACUCACACACAGAGGAAGAAACAGGUCUCCCUUCCCACAGAGGAUUUAAAGUCUCCUUAAAAGGCUCUUAGGAGCUCAUCACCACCAGUAAAGCUGUAUAAGCACCGGGUUGACGGGACCGAAGGAAGUGGCGCGUCAUACGGGGAGCUGCCUGCUGACAUCGCCAUGAGUUACAAACCCAUUGCUCCUGCGCCAUCUGGCUCCAACCACACACCUCCAGGCUCUUCUGUGCCCUCUCCAUCUCUGCCCUCGUCAUCCAACUUUAGGCCGGCUUUCAGUGACUUUGGCCCACCCUCCAUGGGCUUUGUUCAGCCUGUCAAAGUGUCUCAAGGGUCCACCUACAGUGAGCUUUUGUCUGUCAUUGAGGAGAUGAGCCGUGAGAUCAGGCCUACAUACGCUGGGAGUAAGAGCGCUAUGGAGAGGCUAAAGAGAGGUAUAAUCCAUGCCCGUGCACUGGUCAGGGAGUGUCUUGCAGAGACGGAGAGAAGUGCCCGCACAUAACCUUUUGGAAACAUCCCUUCACCUCUCACUCUUUCCCUGUAGAAACCUGGCCUCAUUAAGAUCCCCAUUGUCUGUUUUACAACCAUUUUUUACCCUCCCACCUUUUGCGCUUUCCUCGCUUGCUUUUUAUAGGUGCAUUAUGUCCUUCUUGUGUCCACUGUUCCCUUCAUUCCACCACACCCAUUUUGUUCAUUACAAACUUUCUGUGACCUUUUGGGGUGUAUGCAAAAUGCAGUUUUGUAUCUAUUUUGAAAUAAGAGUGUGGGGAAUUUCAACGCAUUUGUAAGUAGAGCUGUGGGUAAAAACUUCCGUGAAAUGGAUAGGAAUGUUUUAAGUAUUAUUUGUUCAAUAAUUGACCAAGAAAGUUUGGUUUUUUAAAUGAUUAAAUCAAUGUUCUAGUUGCACCUGUACGUAAGUUUCUAUUCUGAACAUCACUCUGCAACCACUGAAUAGUUUUUUGUUAAUCUGAGCAUCUUGAAUAUACCCCAUUUCUAUUUACCCUUGCUUUGUUUUCAUCCUAUUUUGUAGUGUAAACACACAGUAGAUGUUUCUCAAUCCCAAGAACUCUGUACAUCUCAAGUCAAUUUGUUUAGUAUGGGAAUUUUGUAAACCAGAUUUUUGCAGUUCUGUAUGUAUAUCUUAAUUAAAUAACAGAAAAAAAACAA